AGCUCGGACAAAACGUGUGCGGUAUUUGGCAACGACCCAGCAAAAACAUUGCUGCACUUGUGGGAAGAACCAGCCAAACCAUGGCAAAGAUUGCAUAUUGAUUUUUGCCAAACCCAAGGAGGAGAAAAAUGGCUGGUAAUGGUUGACGCCAAGUCUAAAUGGCCAGAAGUAGUGCGCAUGGGUGUGACCACGGCGGAACACACGAUAGAAAAGCUUAGAAUGAUUUUUGCGUACCAUGGGCUACCAGAGCAAAUUGUCUCUGAUAAUGGGCCACCCUUUUCAUCGAUGAAAUUUGUCCAAACUUUUAAAAAGGGAUGGUAUAAAGGAUUGCGUGAUGGGAAGAAGCCAGGAAAUAUACUAGCGGGAUUGCUUUUCGAAUAUAGAGUUACCCCUCAUCCAGCCACAGGGAAAUCGCCGGCCGAAAUUCUGAUGGGAAGAGAGUUGAGGACAACAUUGGAUGUGUAUAAGACAAAGGGAAAAGCAUUGAGUAAUCGUAGCUACAGGGAGCGAAUGGUGGCUGAUCACGUUAGAAGAGGUAGAGUAGAAAGGCGUUUCGUAGUUGGGCAACAGGUAUAUAUCCGCAACUAUCAAAAAGGAGAUAAGUGGAUUCCAGGAAUUAUUACGCAGGUAGUGGGCAGGCGAGUGUACGAGGUUCACUUCGGAACAGGAAGCCGGAAGGCGCACGCUGAUCAAUUAAAAGAGAGGAUAACGUCAGAGGAUGAUUACGCAUUGAUGACUGGUAGAAGGAUUCCCGUACAAGAGCAAGUCUUACCGCUAAGGCGAUCUAGUCGAACACGUAAACCCACGGUUCGGAUGAGAACUUACGUGGAAGAGAGGGAGAAACCUGUUAGAACAAGAGGCAGCGUAAAGGUGGUGGACGUGGCAAGCCACGUGGAUGGCAAGGGUAUAAAACGGGUAAACGUG